AUGUCAGAGUUCAGCUGGCCUCCAACGUCAUGGGGAACAGAAGUGAAGACCCUUUCCCGGAAACCUUUGAUUGAUGCCUGCACCCUGGUCAUGUGUAGCCCUGUGGAGAACGGCCUGCCUGGUCGUGAUGGACGAGAUGGGAGAGACGGCCCCCGGGGCGAGAAGGGGGAUCCAGGUUCACCAGGAGCUAGAGGGCCAAUGGGGAUGCCUGGAACUGCUGGCUCAGUUGGGCCCAAAGGGGACAAUGGCUCUGCUGGAGAACCUGGACCGAAGGGAGACUCGGGGCCACGUGACAUUGCUGCUCUGAGGCGGCAGCUGGAGGCCUUGCAGGGGCAGGUAGGACGCCUGCAGGGAGCCUUCCUUCAGUAUAAGAAAGUGGAGCUCUUCCUCCAUGGCCAAAGUGUUGGCCAGAAGGUCUUCAAGACAGCAAGCUUUUUAAAGCCUUUCCAGGAGGCACAGCAAGUGUGCGCACAGGCCGGGGGGCAGCUGCCCUCCCCACGAAAUGCAGCUGAGAACGAGGCCUUGCAACAGCUGGUCGAGUUUGAGAACAAGGGUGCUGCGUUCCUGAGCAUGACUGACUCCCAGACGGAGGGCAGGUUCACCUACCCAGGAGGGGAGCCCCUGGUCUAUUCCAACUGGAACCCUGGGGAGCCCAACAACAGUGGCGGCAAUGAGCACUGUGUGGAGAUGUACACCAACGGCAAGUGGAACGACAGGCCCUGUGGGGAGAAGCGCCUUGUGAUCUGCGAGUUCUGUGCCCUUGGGGUGGGUGAGGCAGCCGAGGUCCAGGAUCUUGUCCUGGAUCUGUGUGCUACCAACAUGACAAGGAAGAGCUGA